AUGCGCCUCGCGAAGUUCCCGAUAGGUGUUCACCACCCCCAACGCGAGAAGACGCGCGUUGGAAGUGGAGAUCGGGAGGUCGAGGGCUCUCUUGAGCAUUUUGCGGAGUACAACCUCCAAGCAAUCUUCGUGGGACAGGAGCUGUGGUUUUCAAAGUCAAACGCCGGUGGUGGACGCAGCUGGGCCAUGCCAUGUAGAGACGCAGCGGCCGACGAAGCAGCGAGCGUUCCAGUAGAGCCUGUACCGGUGGCCAUGGCGAAUCGAAGGUACGUCUCUUACGGCGCCCUGCUGAUCCCGGUGCAGCCGUACAAGAAAACUGUACCAGCCUGCGGUCGGUGCGGUUCCGUUGGGCAUCGGGCCGACAGCUGCCCCCGCCCCAAACCAGACCUCUGCGGCAUCUGCGGAAAAGCAGUGCCGCUCACGGAUGGCGCCCGCGCCCCUCACGAGUGUACGCCCAGGUGCGCUCUAUGUGCCGGACCCCACGUCACCGCGGACCGGUGCUGUAAAGAGCGCUACAGGACGCCGCCACCCAAAUCACCUACUCCUCCACCGGAGGGUCAAGCCGGCCCCAAGAAGCAAAAACGUCGACGCCCACGGAAACCGAGGAAGACGGGCCCUCCGGCUUCGCCGCAGAGGGCUCAGCCCCCUGCCACCAACCCUACCCCACCCCCGCACCCUGACGCGGGGGCUAUCGGGCCUUCCCUGCGAGGCCAAACUGCGGAUGGACCGCCAACCAGAAAGUCCACUACGAGGCAAGUUUCGCCCACCUCACCCAAACCGCACCCGCCGUCACCUGAACCCAAACGUACUGCCAAGGGGGAUCUCUCGUGGGCCACCCGCGUCCGGCAAGGACCUCAGGUAAGUGGCUCGGGCGGGGCAGCCUCUCCGCCCCCACCAUCCAUGAUCCCUAACCCCAAGCCGGCGACCCCUUCCACUCCCACCCGGGAACAAAUUGCAAUCCGUCAGUUACAGGCCCAGGUUGCCUCGUUAACGCAGGCGGUGGAGGCGCUCGCGAACCGCUUGCCCUCAGCUAACCCGACACCGUCCGGGUAG